AUCACUUGGAUGCUAUGGGGGUCCGAUCAUAUCACCAAAUAUCGACCAACUAGCAGCUCAGUCAGCUGUCUUUACUAACGCUAUGGUACAGCAAGCGGUGUGUGCCCCCAGCCGGACAUCUUUUCUUACAGGACGACGUCCCGACACAACUCGCCUGUAUGACUUCGGUUCUUACUGGAGAACGCACGCCGGAAACUACACAACCAUACCGCAGCACUUCAAAGACAACGGCUACAUCACACUUUCAGUUGGAAAAGUUUUCCAUCCAGGUGCACCUAGUGGAAUGACUGACGACUAUCCAUAUAGCUGGACCCUUCCAGCAUACCAACCUUCCACACAAAGCUACUCGGAUGCAAAGGUGUGUCCCGGUAUAGACGGCAACCUAUACGACAAUGCGAUGUGCCCGGUUGAUGUGGAUAAGAUGCCAGAGAAGACUCUACCAGACCUACAGACACUUGAAAUCACUGAAAAUCUCAUCAAGAUACUCUCUCCAAAACCUAAACGUAUCAAAAGGCAGGAUGCUGCCCUUUAUUCUAAGCUUGAAGCGGCUUUGCAUCCACAUGGAUCGACAUCAAGACGAAGCAAGAGAGCUCCGGUGGUGAAACUACCCUUCUUUCUGGCCGUCGGAUUCAGGAAGCCGCACUUACCGUGGAAGUAUCCCAAGGAUUUCCAAAAUUUGUAUCCGCUCGAAUCGGUAAUGAUCGCUCCCGACCCGAACAUUCCCGAAAACCUACCGACCGUGGCAUGGGAAACUUUCAAACAACUCAGAGAAAGAGAUGACAUUAAAGCAUUAAAUCUUAGCUUUCCAUUCGGGACCAUUCCUUUGGAAUACCAUGCCUCGAUGCGGCAGAAUUAUUACGCAGCUACAAGUUUUACCGACUAUCUAGUUGGGAGGCUCCUACAGGCGCUCGAAGACUGGGGACAUGAGAAAAAUACAAUUAUCUCUAUCGUAGGGGAUCAUGGUUACCAGCUAGGAGAUCACGGGGAAUGGUGCAAGACCUCUAAUUACCAUCUAGCCACAAGGGCACCACUAAUACUUCAUGUGCCAGGGGUAACAGAUAGGGAUUCUUUUGCUUCAAGGAAGUUUCCCCUCAUCGACCCACUGUCACCUUCUUUCCAAAGUAAUCUUUAUGGAAACAGAAUAAAAGAAGCCACUUUGGGAACUGGUAAAAGCUCUUCCAUAGAACAUCACCAGACUAUUACCAAAAUUGAUUCUCGUUUCGAUGGCAACAAUUUGAAAGUUCCAAAGAACAUUGAGAACCAGACAAGAAAUGAAGAGUUCAAAUCGGCGAAAUCUUUCCGACUUGAUACAGGAAGGCGGAAAUUACUAUCGCAGAACAAAAUUGAUGAGUUUGUAGAGUUCGUUGAUUUGUUUCCUACUUUUGCCAACCUGGCAGGCCUUCCAGUGCCGCCUCUUUGCCCUCCAAACCCUUUCAACGUGACAUUCUGUUCUGAAGGAUACAGCUUCGCACCACUUCUCCAAAAAGUGGCAUACCUGAAUAACAGAGAUAUUGAUCAUGAGCGCCACGAACGCUGUCAAGACGUUACCUCUAUGAAUUUCUCUAGAUGGAAAAACGCAACUUUCAGUCAAUACCCUCGGCCUAGUAUUUACCCUACUAAGAAGACCGACUUGCCACCUCUGGACUUAAUCAAGAUUAUGGGAUACUCGAUGAGGACAGAGAGAUACCACUACACGGAAUGGAUCGGUUUUGAUCAUAUCACCUUUCAAGGGAACUGGUCCGAUGUGAAAGCAAGAGAAUUGUACCUGAACGAUGGAGAUCCACGUCAAGAUAAUAACGUUGCUAAUGAGAAAUGUUAUCAUGAUUUGAUUGAAAACUUGAGUCUUCAGUUGAGGAGAGGAUGGAGAGAUAGUCUUCCAGUUUUUAGGACCGGAAGCUGACAUGAUUUAAAUGCAGUUUGUGGCUCUUAAGAUCACUGUAUGUUAUCUGGUUAUUUCUAAAAAACAAAGGAAAGCACCAUAUCCAAUGGCCAACAAAGAGAAUUGUUCCCCGGAAAUUUCAGAGUCUGCUGAACCAGUUCUAUCAGACAACAUAGUUCCUGUUGUAGCACCACAGCAACCUAUCGACGUUUGUCAUCAAUCAGAUCAUGGAACCGAAGAGAUUUCAACUCCUCAAAAACUUCCCAAUAGCUCUGAAGGCUUAAAGAUACAUCCACUAACUACUAUCAAGAAGACAGGCAUGACCCAUCAAGACCAAGCAUAUUCCAUCAGUGACAGUCCACGCAGUGUAAAGCGAAAGCUUGAGAAAUUGUUUGACCAUACUUCCAAUCUUCAAAAACGUUUGAAAAAUUCUCAAGCAAAAUCGAGGCAUCUAGGAAAAAAGGUUAGCACUCAAAGACGUAGUUUCAACACUGAAAGGGAAGAAUUUUCUUUCAGAAAAUGGAAUUGAGGUACUGGACAAGACUUGCAACAUUCCUAGUGAACUUAUGAAGAGAAUGGUCAGGAGGUGUGACAAGCCAUCAGGGGAGAAAUAUCCAUCUUCUUGCAUUUGCCAUCACCCUCAACUUCUAUUCUGCCAAAGCUUAUAGGCAUGUUCGGAAGAUAUUUAAUUUGCAACUACCCCAUCCUUCAGAUGGCCAGCCAGGAUUCACCGAUGAGGCUUUCGCAGCCUUGCCCUGAAAGUGAAUGAGGCCAAAGAUGCUCUAACGACCGGUGAGGUAAUGGAGUGUAGCUUGCUGGAGAAGAAUCGGGGUGGACUUGUCAGAGCAUCAUGUGAUAUCAUCAAAGUUUGCGAGGCAACAGAGCGCUGCAUCCAGUUGCUGCUUGUGACCACAUCGGGAAAGCUACCACAAGGCAAUGGCUUAAACCAAGCUGUUUGUUCUGCAGUACUUACUACUUAGUGAUGUUGGUCAUCUCUGUAUAUGUGCCACCUUAUCCGAGCAUAUUGUCGCACGCACCACAAACCAUCCUCUCUGUGCACUUUGAUGCGUAAGUUAUUUUGGCAGAAAACCCAUUUAAGGAAAAGCUUUUUUUAAAACAGGCAAUAAGUGUAACUACAAGGAAAGCAAAUUAUUUACCGGUGUCCUUGUUGAAAACUUCAGGUUCCAAAGUUUCAUCCAGUAUCUUUAUAUUUUCUUGAAGUUAAUUAUUUAUGCUACAGUGGGCAUUGUAACAGAGAGGACGGAUCAUGGUGAAAUCGCAAGGCGCGAUAUCUCACUGUAUCUAUUCAAUAUGCAUUUAUCUGACACUUUUUUCACCAAUAAAAUAAGAACUGUGUAUUUUACAAAUUUGGGGAAAUGUGAAGAAUCUUAGUUUGGUUGUUAUGUGUAUGCAAUCAGUAUUUAUAUAAGAAGAUCUUCAAAUGUAUGUAUCUUUCACAAUGACUUCUGCAUGGGUGUGAUAAGAUAGCAGAAAUUUCUUGCACUGUAAUUCUGUAGUCAACCAGGUUGAAUUUUUUUUAAAGGAAAAAACUAAUGAAGAAAUUCUUGCCUUAAGGUAUUUAGGACUUUAUGGCCUUAUUUAUUGAAUAACUUGAGAAAAAUAUCUUAUUUCAUUACAUACACAUAUACAUAAGGAGCCCCUAUCAAAAAUAAAGGUGACGUCAAUUUUUUCCAUAAAUCGUUCCCUCCACACACUAACUCGUUCCCUCGACUUGAAUGCGCAGCAGACAUUUUUUUUCAGCUCAGCUUGAGUGAGUACAAUUACGUACAUGUGACAAUCUGCAUGGAUGAAUUGGGGGUAGAUCCAGAGAUGCUUACACAUGUUUUGGGGAAAUGUUUUUCAGCACUUACUCUGAUGGGGAAGAUGUCAGAAUUCCAGCAUUAUGCCCCGAGUUAGGCGGUGAGGAGUGGAAUGCAGUUGGGCAAAUAUUAGUAAAGGGUUACCUGGAACACAAAGUGUUUCCUAUGAAGCUAGCACCUGCUUUUUUGUAGCUUUGUUGUUCGGAGAAGAGCAAGUCACACAAGAUGUUUUGUUUAAGCUCCUUCAUGCUGUACGUAUGCGAUGCAGACAGAUCAGCUGUACAAUCAGCACUUGAUGGCAGCUUGACAGAAGAUGAGAAAGAGGCUUUGGUAGAUUUGCUGUCCAGAUAAGGGGCCCACAUUCCACAAGAGGAAGAAGCUGCAGGCACAAUCCACCAAUUGGCACACAAGUGCAUGAUCCAAAAUGGAAAUUAUGCAUUGCAGUGCAUGAGGGAUGUUGUUCGAUUUGGACUUCAGUCAAAGUUUGAAAAUCCUCCUGCAGCUCUUGAUUUGUACAAGGAGCUGGCUCCUACAGCAAAGGGAAUCAAUUUAUUCAGUGCAGUUACAACAACAAGGGAGGAAAGCCAGUCACUAAGAUACCUUACCCACUAUGUCCGAGCUCUGGAUCGCAAAACACUUGAGAAGCUUCUGCACUUUAUCACUGGUUCACAAGUCACGAGCGUAUUGAAAAUAACCAUUCAAUUAACAGCAAUAGAGGGCUUGGCCAGAAGGCCAGUAGCUCACAUCUGUGGGCCUACACUGGAAGUUCCCUCCACUUACCCAAGCUAUAGUGAAUUCGACAAGAAUGGGAUACAGUGUUAAGCUGUGGGUCUCUAAAAUGGACUUUGGCUGAAUGAUGCUGUUCUUUUUGGUGUUUUUGAUGUAUUUGCCUAACCAAGAAUCUUACUAAUUGCACUUCUUAGGAUUUUUAAAUAUUAUAUCCACCAUAACAAAUCAGUGAUAAUAAUGAUUCAAUGAACAGUAGAAGCUUGAUAAUUACAGCAAUAUUCUUGUGCCCAGGUAUUUUUGUUUGUCAGAAGAGAUAAUUGUUAAGCAUGUGCACUCAUGUACUACA